UUUGGUCCACAACAAGGAACUGAAAUUACCAUAAGAGGUACGGGGAGGGUUUAAGGGAGUGUGGGCAAAUUAGAGAGUUUUAGACAGAGAAAUGCAACAGCUUGACUCCACUUCACGGAGAGGGGAGUUGUCUGUUGGUCCCUUGCUUGCUUCCUUUGCAUGCUGGCUUAGUCUUGGUGGGCUCCUGACUUGUAUAGGUGGAUAAGCUGGAGAUGAAGCUGUCUGCUCCUGAGCUAGGCAUUCAGAGGCAUCGUUGGACAGGCUGAGGGCCCCAGGGGGAGCUGCCAGACUCCCAAAGCCGCUGCCCCACGGGGUCUCCCACACCAUGCGUUGCUUGGUUCCACGCCCUGCGGGGUCCUACCUGCCAGAGCCCCAAGGCAGUGGGCACUGUGCUGCCAUGGAGCUGGGGCCUCUAGAAGGCGGGUACCUGGAGCUUCUCAACAGCAGUGCUGAUCCCUUGCAGCUCUACCACCUCUAUGACCAGACGGACCUGGCUAGAGAAGAGCUUGAGCUCUGCUCAGAACCCGACAUGGACACCAUCAACUGCGAACAGUUCAGCAAACUGUUGUGUGACAUCGAAGGUGAUGAAGAGACCAGGGAGGCUUAUGCCAAUAUCGCGGAACUGGACCAGUACGUGUUUCAGGACUCCCAGCUGGAUGGUCUGGGCAAAGACAUUUUCAUCGAGCACAUAGGAUUGGAAGAAAUGAUCAGCGAGAAUGUGGAGGUGCUGGAGGAAGCAGGGCAGAAAAGUCAGAAAAGACCCUUCCCAGAGGAGCUGCCCGUGGACUUGAAGCACAGGAAGCUAGCUGAGCCCGUCACUGUGCCCAUGGUGACUGGCACGUUCCUGGUGGGGCCAGUGAGCGACUCCUCGGCACUGCCCUGCCUGUCACCUCCUGCUGUGUUCAACAAGGAGCCAGAAUCCAACCAGCGUUGGCUGGAGGAGACCGUCCUGAUGCCUGUGCCCCCUUCCAGUUCCUUGCUGGGCUGCCUCAGCCUUCCUGCUGGACCCAUUCAGAUUGUCCCCAGCCUCCCCUCUCUGCCCCAGGGGCUCUGGCAGAUCUCAGGGCCUGGGACAGGGGUGUCCAGUAUGGUCAUCUAUCAAGGCGAGAUGCCCCAGGCCAGCCAAGUGCUUCCUUCUAAUGGCCCAGCUGUGCAGGGCCUCCCCAAGUCCCCAGAUCGGCCUGGCUCUACCAGCCCCUUUGCUCCGUCUGCAACUGACCUUCCUGGCAUGCCAGAACCAGCCUUGACCUCCCGUGCAAAUACAACAGAGGACCAGAUGUCCCCUACCCAGUGCCUGGAAGCUCAUGAAGUCUCCAGCAAGCCUCCAAAAUGGCCUGAGAGCGUGGAGCAGUUCUGCCGUUCCCUCCGGGACAAGUACCGGGCCGAGCCCGCAGACCCGGAAGGCAUCCUGGUGGAGGUGGAGCUGGUGAGGGCGCGGCUGGAGAGGGGCGGCGACAAGAGCCAGGAGCGGGGGCUGGCCACCCCGGACUGGGCAGAGCGGCAGCUGGCCCGCGGGGGUCCGGCCGAGGUGCUGCUGGCUGCCGGGGACCGCCGGCGGCCGCGGGAGACGCAGGUGAUCGCCGUGCUGGGCAAAGCAGGACAGGGGAAGAGCCGCUGGGCUCGGGAAGUGAGCCGCGCCUGGGCCUGCGGCCAGCUGCCCCAGUACGACUUCGUCUUCUACUUCCCCUGCCACUGUCUGGACCGUGCGGGGGACCGUUACCGCCUGCAGGAUCUGCUCUUCUGCCUGGGCCCCCAGCCACAGCCCGCGGACGAGGUCUUCAGCCACGUCUUGAGGAGGCCCGACCGGGUUCUGCUCAUCCUGGACGCCUUCGAGGGUCUCGAAGGCCAAGACGGCCUCCUGCACAGCGCAGGCGGACCUGUGUCCACAGAGCCGCACUCCUUCCGGGGGCUGCUGGCUGGGCUCUUCCAGCGGAAGCUGCUGCGAGGCUGCACUGUGCUGCUCACGGCCCGGCCCCGGGGCCGCCUGGCCCAGAGCCUCAGCAAGGCCGACGUCCUGUUCGAGGUGACCGGCUUCUCCGCCGAGCAGGCAGAGACCUACGUGACCAGCUACCUGGAGCGCGCUGGGGUCCCCGAGCGCCGAGAGCGAGCCCUGGCGCUCCUCCAUGGCCGGCCCUUCCUCCUCAGCCUCAGCCACAGUCCCACUGUGUGCCGGGCCGUGUGCCGGCUCUCCGAGGCCCUCCUGGAGCUGGGCGGUGAGGCCGAGCUGCCCUCCACGCUCACGGGACUCUACGUGGGGCUGCUGAGCCCUGCGGCCCGCGACAGCCCCCCGGGGGCCCUGGCGGGACUGGCCAGGCUGGCCUGGGAGCUGGGCCGCAGACACAGUGGCACCCUGCGGGACAGCCAGUUCCCGUCCGCGGAGGUGAGGGCCUGGGCCGUGGCCCAAGGCCUGGUGCAGCCCGUCCCGGGGGCCCCGGACGCGGAGCUGGCCUUCUCCAGCUUCCUCCUGCAGUGCUUCCUGGGGGCCUUGUGGCUGGCUCUGAGCACCGAGAUCAAGGACAAGGAGCUGCCACAGUACUUGGCCUUGACCCCGAGGAAGAAGAGGCCGUAUGACAACUGGCUGGAGGGCGUGCCGCGCUUCCUGGCUGGGCUGCUUUUCCAGCCUCACGCCCAUGGCCUCGGAGCCCUGGUGGGACCGGCGGGGGCCGCGGUGGGGGCCAGGAAGCAGAAGGCACUCAGCAGGUACCUGAAGCGGCUGCAGCCCGGGACGCUCCGGGCCGGGCGGCUGCUGGAGCUCCUGCACUGUGCCCACGAGGCUGCGGACGCCGGGCUCUGGCAGUAUGUGGUGCAGGGGCUCCCGGCCCGCCUCUCCUUCCUGGGCACCCGGCUCACACCGCCCAACGCCUAUGUGCUGCACAGCGCCUUGGAGGCGGCCGGCCGAGACUUCUCCCUGGACCUCCGCAGCACUGGCAUCGACCCUGCUGGGCUGGGGAGCCUCGUGGGACUCCGCUGUGUCACCCAUUUCAGGGCUUCGCUGAGUGACACGGUGGGCCUGUGGGAGUCUCUACAGCAGCGUGGGGAGACUGAGCUGCUCCGGGCAGUGGAGGAGAAGUUCACCAUCGAGCCUUUCAAGGCCAAAUCCCCAAAGGAUGUGGAAGACUUGGGCAACCUCGUGCAGAUCCAGAGGACAAGGAGUUCCUCGGAAGACACAGCUGGAGAGCUCCCUGCCGUCCGGGACCUGAAGAAGCUGGAGUUUGCGCUGGGCUCCGUCUUAGGCCCCCAGGCUUUUCCCAAACUGGUGAGGAUCCUCGAGGCGUUUUCCUCCCUUCAGCAUCUGGACCUGGACUCGCUGAGCGAGAACAAGAUCGGGGAUGAGGGUGUCGAGCAGCUGUCAGCCACCUUCCCUCGGCUGAAGGCCCUGGAGACUCUCAACUUGUCCCAGAACAGCAUCACUGACGUGGGUGCCUGCAAGCUCGCCGAGGCCUUGCCCUCCCUGGCUUCAUCCCUCCUCAGGCUGAGCGUGUACAAUAACAGCAUCUGUGAUGUGGGAGCGGAGAGCCUGGCACACGUGCUUCCAGACAUGGUGUCCCUCCGGGUGUUGGAUGUCCAGUAUAACAAGUUCACGGCCGCCGGGGCCCAGCAGCUCGCCGCCAGCCUGAGAAAGUGCCCUCACGUGGAGACACUGGCGAUGUGGACGCCCACCAUCCCGUUUGGUGUCCAUGAACACCUACAGCAGCUGGACUCAAGGAUCAGCCUCAGAUGAGCUCUGGGAUGCCUGGGACGAGCUACCCGAGCACAUUCUCAGAGGACGCUGACCACACUGGACCUUGACCUGGUUAUCUGUGGACACAGUUGUCCUUGGGCCCACGAGCCAAGCAGCCUGGCGCCCAGCCCUGCCGGCUCAGGGUCGGCCCCCACCCAGCUUCGAGGAGGACCUGCUCUGAGGGCCCAGCUCCAGGCCCCCAUGGGGCCCAGGUCGAUGACAGCCCCGCAGACGGGGUGGGUGCCCGGUGGCCACUGCGGUCCACCCAGGAACCCUGAGGCAGGCCCUGCGGGACACUCUACAGCGUAGGCAGGCCAGAGUAGAGGAGUGGGGCAUCCCCAUCUCCGUCCCCCCAGGUCCCUGCUGGCCCGGGAGAGAGGCACUUCUCCACACUGCACUCCUAAUAGGGGUACACUGCGUGCUGUGCGGACAGCCGUGGCCGCCCCGCCAGCUCCUUUCCCAAACUGUGACAGGCCGGGAUUCUGCAUUCUGUGGCAGCUGCUUCGUGUCUGCUGGACCCACUGUUUUGCACUAACUUCGUUGAGCCCAAAGCUUGGCCUGGCAGAGACACACCGGACUUUAGCUGGAAAGAGCGGACGGUACACUAAUGGAGAGGGGAAGGGCGAGGGGGCUGGAGCCACACCUGCCUCUCAGCCUUCAUUUCUUGUGUUGUGUUUCACUACAUUAUAAAGGGCUCACUUAAUCUCA